AUCUUACAUUGCGCUGUUGUAGACUAGCAAUAUUAGAUCAGUCCUGAAAAGAAUACCUUAGAAAAAGAGAGAGAGAAGAAGGAGCCAUAGAACAAGCGUGCUGAGGUCAUGGCGGCCGUAUGGUUGCUGGGCGCGACGGUGCUCUUCCUGGCCCGCGGUGCCGGCGCUCAAGAAUCGAAAUGGACGUGCAGCUUCGACGAGCCCGAGAGUGUAUGCGGCUGGAAGAUUUCCGGCGCCAUGAGAGCCACAGCGGGACGGGUGAGCCUCCGCGCUCCCCCCGGGAACAGGAAUGAAAGGGAAUUCGGACAGGAAUCGGCGGAAAGCGGAGCUGAAGUGAGGGUUGGCGGCAGCAUCGUGAGUCCGUCGUUCCUCCCAUCUGGUGACUGUAAGUUGCGGUUGCACUACGCGUUGCACGGCCUGUCUUCCUCGUUGCACAUCCGGCAAGUGGCGGAGCCGGACGGCGUCGCCGUGAGGGAAGAGGUCCUUACUCCGAGCCAAGACGCUGGCCGAUGGCAAGAGAGUGUUAUCCCACUCGCUUUCGACCAGCCUUUCGUGAUAAUAUUAGAGGGUCACGUAGACACAGAGGGUCAUGUGGUCAUCGACGCCGUAUCGCUGACCGGUGGAUGCGUCGAAGGGCAUGCGUCAUCACCUGCUGCGUCUCUCGCCCUGAGUCCUCCCUGUGACGAGAUGCAAUACAAGUGCCACUUUUCGACCGUGUGUCUCGCGUUGGACCAGGUCUGCGACUUCCACGCUGACUGCCCCGACGGAGACGAUGAGGCGUCCUGCGGCGCCACGGACUUCGAGCAAGACCUCGGGGGAUGGGAGGAUAUCAGUGAUACCGACGACGGCGCCUACAGGUGGUCGAGGAUCGCUGCCAUGGAGGCUACGUACCCGCACGGAACGGCGCUCUCGCACGACCAUACGUUCGCGGACACACAUGAGGGCUACUUCAUGUGGGCGCCGGGGACGUCCAAUGGAGAUGCGAAUUCGGGGAAAACCGCCAUCGUCCGCUCACCCGCCGUAGGUCCUCCGAGCGUUCCUUGCAAGCUAGUGUUCUGGUACCAAAUGGUUCUUGGAGGUCCAGAAAUGCGUGUUUUUCUGUACAACGAGGAGAACUCCUGGUUAUGGGAAAAGAAAGCUGAACCUUCUGCAGUGUCUGAGUGGCGGAGAGCGCAGUUCGAGAUUGGGGAAUACGAGCUUAAGAUAUUUAUCAAGUUGAUCAUCAACCUUGCUACAAUUACCUCAGUUAGUUACGAUGUCUGCGUCGACGAUGUUGAGUUUCAAGACUGUGCCCUUGAUACCCCGCCUUCUAAAGACGAUGUGAUCUGUACCUUCGACGUGCCGUGUGAGUUGUUCCAGAGUCACAGCGAUGACGGAGACUGGUACAAAAACGAGUAUUACGAUCCCAACAAUGUUUGUCUCCAGACAACCUCAACACCCGGUUCUCGCGUGCUUCAGACUUGGUGGCGCCCGCUCUCAGUUAAGUUCUGCGUUUCAUUCAG